AUGCGAAGCCUGUGGGCGCUUCGGCCUCCAGUGUACCCGGCGGGGGAGGCCGGGCUUUACUUGGAGCAAGUCCCCGCCCUCUUUGCCAGCAUCUGUGGGACUGAUGAGACAGCUCGUGAACGCUCCUCCGGGUGUUUAUCUAAAAUUUAUCACCCUGUAAACCGUAUUAAUCACAAUGAACAUGAUGACGUACAGAAGAAAACGUUUACCAAAUGGAUAAAUGCUCGAUUUUCAAAGAGUGGAAAGCCACCCAUCAGUGAUAUGUUCACAGACCUCAAAGAUGGACGGAAGCUGUUGGAUCUUCUGGAAGGCCUCACAGGAACCUCCCUGCCAAAGGAACGUGGCUCCACAAGGGUGCAUGCUUUAAAUAAUGUCAACAGAGUGCUGCAGGUUUUACAUCAGAACAGUGUGGAGUUAGUAAAUAUCGGAGGGACGGACAUUGUGGACGGGAAUCACAAGCUGACUCUGGGACUACUGUGGAGUAUCAUCUUACACUGGCAGGUGGGGCACUUAGAGUCACUUUCAGACAGAAACCGAAACUGUCACUUGGAGUGGAGAAGACUGACAGACUGCUCUAAUUUCCUGAGCACAGCACCAGAGGAGGAGCGUGAGCGUGCCCGAGCUGAAACCCCCAGCACCGUCACUGAGGUUGACAUGGAUCUGGACAGCUAUCAGAUAGCACUGGAGGAAGUGCUGACCUGGUUACUCUCUGCAGAGGACACCUUCCAGGAGCAGGAUGACAUUUCUGAUGAUGUUGAAGAAGUCAAAGACCAGUUUGCAACCCAUGAAGCAUUUAUGAUGGAGUUGACUGCACACCAGAGCAGCGUGGGGAGUGUCCUGCAGGCGGGAAACCAGCUCAUCACACAAGGAACUCUGACCCAGGAAGAGGAGUUUGAGAUUCAGGAGCAGAUGACCCUGCUGAAUGCGAGAUGGGAGGCGCUUCGGGUGGACAGUAUGGAGAGGCAAUCUCGGCUGCAUGACGUGCUGAUGGAACUGCAGAAGCAGCAGCUGGAGCAGCUCUCUGCCUGGUUAACACUCACAGAAGAACGCAUUCAAAAGAUGGAAACUGGCCCCCUGGACGAUGAUUUACAAUCCAUACAGAAGCUGCUGGAAGAACAUAAAAGUUUGCAGAAUGAUCUUGAGACUGAACAGGUGAAAGUAAAUUCAUUAACUCACAUGGUGGUCAUUGUUGAUGAAAACAGUGGUGAGAGUGCUACAGCUGUCCUUGAAGAUCAGUUACAGAAACUUGGUGAGCGUUGGACGGCAGUAUGCCGUUGGACCGAAGAACGUUGGAAUAGGUUACAAGAAAUCAAUAUAUUGUGGCAAGAAUUACUGGAAGAACAGUGCUUGUUGAAAGCUUGGUUAACUGAGAAAGAAGACGCUUUAAAUAAAGUCCAGACUAGUAACUUCAAAGACCAAAAGGAACUAAGUGUCAGUAUUCGACGACUGGCUAUUUUGAAGGAAGACAUGGAAAUGAAGCGUCAAGCACUGGAUCAGUUGAGUGAGAUUGGCCAGGAUGUGGGUCAGUUACUUGAUAAUCCCAAGGCAUCUAAGAAGAUCAGCAGUGACUCAGAGGAACUGACUCAGAGGUGGGAUUCUUUGGUUCAGAGACUGGAAGAUUCCUCCAACCAGGUGACUCAAGCUGUAGCAAAGCUCGGGAUGUCCCAAAUUCCUCAGAAAGAUCUUUUGGAGACUGUUCGCAUAAGAGAACAAGUAACUACAAAAAAGUCCAAGCAAGAGCUGCCUCCACCUCCUCCCCCAAAGAAGAGACAGAUCCACGUGGACCUCGAAGCAAAGAAAAAGUUUGAUGCUGUAAGUGCAGAACUGCUGAAGUGGAUUUUGAAAUCAAAGACAGACAUUCAAAACAUAGAGAUAAAAGAGUAUAAGAAGAUUCGAGAGACUUCAGAAAUAAAAAAGAAGCUGAAGGGAUUAGAAAAGGAACAGACAGAAAAAAGACCCAAACUUGGUGACUUAAGCCAAAGUGGACAGUUGCUUUUGGAGCAGAUGAGAAAAGAAGGUCUUCCUCCUGAAGAAACAAAAAAUAUGCUGGAGAAGGUUUUAUCAGAAUGGAAGAAGCUAUCCCAGCAUUUGGAAGAUCUGGCAAGAAAGAUUCAGCUACAGGAAGAAAUAAACACUUACUUUAGGCAGCUUGAUGAGCUUGAAAAGACCAUAAAGAAAAAGGAGGAGUGGGUAAAACACACUCCCUUUUCAGAAGCACCCCAGCAGUCCUUGCAGAAUCUUCAGGACUCCUGUCAGCGAGAAUUGACAGACCUCCUCGGCCUCCACCCUAAUAUUGAAGUGCUGCGUGCAAGCUGCUUGGCCCUCAGGUCUCAGCCUUCCGCUCCAGAUUUUACCCAGCAGAGCCUCGAUAGCUUUCUGGGCCGCUACCAAGCUUUGCAGCGCGAUUUAGAGGAUCACCUGCAACAGCUAGAGAAUGAAUUGAAGAGCCAACCUGGACGUGAAUAUUUGGAAACCCUGAAAACAUUGAAAGAGAUGCUGAAUGAUUUGGAAAGUAAGGCCCAGGGUUCUCUGAGUGUCUUGAAUGAUCUUGCAAAGGUGGAGAAGACCCUGCAAGAAAAAAAGGCCCUUGAUGAAAUUCUUGAGAAUCAGAAACCUACAUUAUAUAAACUUGCAGAGGAAACAAAAGCUUCAGAGAAAAAUGUUCCUCUUGAUGGAGAAAAUCCGUAUCGACAGGCAUUUGAUGCUGUUCAGGGAAAAUGGAAUAAGCUGAAGGCCAAGGUUUCCCAAGAUCUUCAUUGGCUUGAAGAAAUUACAGCCAAACUCCGGACUUUUGCGACUGAUUCAGAAGUCAUUGAGAAGUGGAUGGAUGGGGUGAAAGACUUCUUAAUGAAAGAGCAGGCUUCCCAAGGAGACGCUGAAGGGCUGCAGAGGCAGCUUGACCAAUGCUCUGUAUUUGUUAAUGAAAUAGAAGUAGUUGAAUCAUCUCUGAAGGACAUGAAAGAAAUAGAAGCUAACCUUCAAAGCUGUCCAGUUGCUGGAAUCAAAACCUGGGUACAAACAAAACUCGGUGACUGCCAAACCCAACUGGAGAAAUUCAGCAAGGAGAUUGUUAUUCAAAAAAACAGAUUGUCUGAAAGCCAGGAGAAAGCGGUGAACCUAAAGAAAGACUUGGCAGAGAUGCAGGAAUGGAUGGCCCAAGCUGAGGAAGAAUACCUGGAGAGGGAUUUUGAAUACAAGUCACCAGAAGAGCUUGAGAGUGCUGUGGAAGAAAUGAAGAGGGCGAAAGAGGAUGUGUUGCAGAAGGAGGUGAGAGUGAAGAUUCUCAAGGACAACAUCAAGUUAUUAGCUGCAAAAGUGCCCUCUGGUGGCCAGGAAUUGACAUCUGAGCUGAGCGUUGUGCUGGAGAAUUACCAACUUCUUUGUAACAGAAUUCGAGGAAAGUGCCACACGCUGGAGGUAUGGCAUUUCGUGAGACAGGAAGAGGAAAAUCUCAGUAAAGACUUCCACUUAGAAAAGUCUAAGGAGUGCAUGUCUCUGGAAUCAGUUUUGCGCCACCCAGCGGAUAACCGCACUCAGAUCCGGGAACUUGGCCAAACUCUGAUUGACGGAGGGAUUCUUGAUGACAUAAUCAGUGAGAAACUGGAGGCAUUCAAUGGCCGAUAUGAAGAACUGAGCCACCUGGCAGAGAGCAAGCAGAUCUCCUUGGAAAAGCAACUGCAGGUCCUGCGGGAAACUGACCACAUGCUUCAGGUCUUGCAGGAGAGCUUAACUGAGCUUGAUAAGCAGCUCACAACGUACUUGACGGAUCGAAUAGAUGCCUUCCAAGUUCCACAGGAAGCACAGAAAAUCCAAGCAGAGAUCACAGCCCACGAGCUAACUCUAGAAGAGUUGAGAAGAAGCGUGCGUUCUCAGCCCCCGACCUCUCCCGAUGUCAGGGCUGCCAGAGGAGGCUCUCAGAUGGAUGUGCUACAGAGGAAACUGCGAGAGGUGUCCACGAAGUUCCAGCUCUUCCAAAAGCCUGCUAACUUUGAGCAGCGCAUGCUGGACUGUAAGCGAGUGCUGGAUGGGGUGAAAUCAGAACUGCAUGUUCUGGAUGUGAAGGAUGUGGACCCCGACGUCGUACAGACCCACCUGGACAAGUGCAUGAAACUCUAUAAAACUUUGAGUGAAGUCAAGCUUGAAGUCGAGACUGUAAUCAAAACAGGAAGGCACAUUGUCCAGAAGCAGCAAACUGAUAACCCCAAAGGGAUGGACGAGCAGCUGACUUCUCUGAAGGUCCUCUACAAUGACCUGGGUGCCCAGGUGACGGAAGGAAAACAGAACCUGGAAAAAGCAUCACAGUUGGCCCGGAAAGUGAAGAAAGAGGCUGCUUCUCUCUCUGAAUGGCUUUCUGUCACUGAGGCUGAGUUGGUACAGAAAUCCACUUCAGAAGGUUUGCUUUGCGACUUGGAUACAGAAAUUUCCUGGGCUAAAAAUGUCCUGAAGGAUCUGGAAAAGAAAAAAGCAGACUUAAAUAACAUCACAGAGAGUAGUGCUGUCCUCCAGAGCUUGCUAGAGGGCAGUGAGACUAUUUUAGAAGAGAGACUCUGUGUCCUUAAUGCCGGGUGGAGCCGAGUUCGCACCUGGACUGAGGAUUGGUGCAGUACCUUCAUGAACCAUCAGAACCAGCUGGAAGUAUUUGAUGGAAAUGUUGCUCACAUAAGUACCUGGCUUUAUCAAGCUGAAGCUCUGUUGGAUGAGAUUGAAAACAAACCAGCAAGUAAACGGGAAGAGAUUGUGAAGAGGUUAUUAUCUGAGCUGGAUGAUGCUAAUCUCCAAGUUGAAAAUGUCCGUGAGCAAGCCAUUGUUUUGAUGAGUGCGCGUGGAGGCUCGAGGAGAGAGCUUGUAGAACCAAAAUUAGCUGAGCUGAAUAGAAACUUUGAAAAAGUGUCCCAACAUAUCAGAAGUGCCAAAUUGCUAAUUGGCCAAGAACCAUUAUCAUACUUGGACAGAUUAGAAAAUGACAUCCGAAAUAUGUUAAAUAUUGUGGAGAAACACUUGGAAUCCAGAGAUGAAGAUGAAAAGAUGGAUGAGGAGAGAGUGCAGAUUGAGGAAGUUCUUCAAAGAGGGGAACAAGUGUUACAUCAGCCUAUGGAGGAUAGUACGAAGGAAAAGAUCCGUCUGCAGUUACUACUUCUGCGUACGAGAUACAACCAAGUUAAGGCAAUCCCUAUUCAACAGAGAAAAACAGGUCAACUUGCUACUGGAGUUAGAUCAUUACCUCUCCCCACAGAUUACCUUGUUGAAAUUAACAAAGUUCUACACUCCAUGGAUGAUGUUGAGUUAUCACUUAAUACUCCAGAGCUAAACACUGCUGUCUACGAAGACUUCUCUUUCCAAGAAGAUUCUCUGAAGAAUAUCAAAGACCAGCUGGACAGACUUGGAGAGCAGAUUGCAGUCAUUCAUGAGAAGCAACCAGACAUUAUCCUUGAAGCCUCUGGGCCUGAAGCUAUUCGGAUUGGAGAGACGCUUACUCAGUUGAAUGCAAAAUGGGACAGAGUUAAUAGAAUGUACAGUGAUUGUAAAGGUUAUUUUGAUAGGGCUGUGGAAGAAUGGAGACAGUUCCACUGUGACCUUAAUGACCUCACGCAGUGGAUCACGGAAGCUGAGCAGUUGCUGGUUGAUUCCUGUGCUCCAGACGGCAGCCUGGAUUUAGAGAAAGCCAGGAUCCACCAGCGGGAACUCGAAGAAGGCAUCAGCAGCCACCAGCCUAGUUUUGCAGCACUGAACAGAACUGGGGAUGGGAUUGUGCAGAAACUCUCCCCCACAAAUGGAAGCUUCUUGAGAGACAAGAUGGCAGGUCUAAACCAACGCUGGAAUACGGUUGUUGCUGAAGUGAAGGACAGGCAGCCAAGGCUGAAAGGAGAAAGUCAGCAGGCAAUGGAAUACAGGAAAAGGCUGGAUGAGAUUCUGUGCUGGUUAACAAGGGCCGAGGACACUGUGCAGAAGUCAACCACCACGCUGGAAGAGAACCGGCAAGAACUAACAGAUUUAACCCAGGAGAUGGAAGUACAAGCUGAUAAACUCAAGUGGCUGAAUAGAACUGAAUUGGAAAUGCUUUCAGAUAAGAGUCUGAGUUUACAGGAAAGAGAUAAAAUUUCAGAAAACUUAAGAACUGUAAAUACGACAUGGAAUAAGGUAUGCCGAGAAGUGCCAAUUGCAUUGAAGGAACGAACCCUGGAACCCAGUUCCGUUUCACCAACAAGGAUUGCUGUUCAUCCUGGUGUCCAAAAGGUGGUGCUAGUGUCAUCUGUAGCAGAAAGCCCUGCCCAGCCUCCUCGUACUUCAGAAAUUUCACUUCCUGCUGAUCUGGAUCAAACUAUAACAGAACUAGCCGACUGGCUGGCAUUGAUCGACCAGAUGCUGAAGUCCAACAUUGUCACUGUCGGGGAUGUAGAAGAGAUCAAUAAGACAGUUUCCCGAAUGAAAAUCACAAAAGCUGACUUAGAACAGCGCCGUCCUCAACUGGAUUAUGUUUUCACAUUGGCACAGAAUUUGAAAAACAAAGCCUCCAGUUCUGAUGUGCGAACAGCAAUCACAGAAAAACUGGACAAGGUUCAGAGCCAGUGGGACAACACGCAGCAUGGCGUGCAGUCCCGGCAGCAGCAGCUGGAGGCCAUGGUCAUUGACAGUCUUCAGUGGGAUGACCACCGGGAAGAGGCCGAGGAGCUGCUCAGGAAGUAUGAGGCUCAAGUGCAUAUUCUUCAGCAAGCCCGCAGGGAUCCGCUUAUCAAGCAAAUUUCUGAUAACCAAAUAUUGCUUCAGGAGCUGGGACCUGGUGAUGGUAUCAUAAUGGCGUUUGAUAAUGUGCUGCAGAAACUGCUGGAAGAAUAUGAUAGUGAUGACACAAGGAAUGUGAAAGAAACCACUGAGUACUUGAAGUCAUCAUGGAUCAAUCUGAAACAAAGCGUUGCUGACAGACAGAGUGCCCUGGAGGCUGAGCUGCGGACAGUGCAGGCCUCGCGUAGGGACCUGGAGAACUUCCUCAAGUGGGUACAAGAAGCCGAAACCACAGUUAACGUGCUUGCGGAUGCCUCUCAGCGGGAGAAUGUGCUUCAGGACAGUGCCCUGGCCAGGGACCUCCAAGAGCAGAUGCAGGACAUCCAGGCGGAAAUUGAUGCCCACAAUGACAUAUUUAAAAGCAUUGAUGGAAACAGGCAGAAGAUGGUAAAAGCUUUGGGAAAUUCUGAAGAAGCUACUAUGCUUCAGCAUCGACUAGACGAUAUGAACCAAAGAUGGAAUGACUUAAAAGCAAAAUCUGCUAGCAUCAGGGCCCAUUUGGAGGCCAGUGCUGAGAAGUGGAACAGGCUGCUGACAUCUUUAGAAGAACUAAUCAAAUGGCUGAAUAUGAAGGAUGAAGAGCUUAAGAAGCAAAUGCCCAUUGGGGGUGAUGUCCCAGCUUUACAGCUCCAAUAUGACCAUUGUAAAGCACUGAGGCGUGAAUUAAAGGAGAAAGAGUAUUCUGUCCUGAACGCUGUAGACCAAGCUCGAGUGUUCCUUGCUGAUCAGCCAAUUGAGGCCCCUGAAGAACCAAGACGAAAUCUACAAUCAAAAACAGAAUUGACCCCUGAGGAGAGAGCCCAAAAGAUUGCCAAAGCCAUGCGCAAACAGUCUUCGGAAGUCAGAGAGAAGUGGGAAAGUCUAAAUGCUGUUACUAACAAUUGGCAAAAGCAAGUCGACAAGGCGUUGGAGAAGCUACGAGACCUGCAGGGCGCGAUGGAUGACCUGGAUGCGGACAUGAAGGAGGCAGAGGCAGUGCGAAACUGCUGGAAGCCCGUGGGGGACUUACUUAUCGACUCGUUGCAGGAUCACAUUGAAACAACCAUGGCAUUUAGAGAAGAAAUUGCACCAAUCAAUUUAAAAGUUAAGACAGUGAAUGAUUUAUCCAGUCAGCUGUCUCCACUUGACUUGCACCCGUCUCUAAAGAUGUCUCGCCAGCUGGAUGACCUUAAUAUGCGAUGGAAGCUUUUACAGAUGUCUGUAGACGAUCGCCUUAAACAGCUUCAAGAAGCCCAUCGAGACUUCGGACCAUCCUCUCAGCAUUUUCUCUCUAAAUCUGAAGAGAAACGGGAAUUGUUUAUAGAGUUCCAUCAAACACAGACAACCUGUUGGGAUCAUCCAAAAAUGACUGAACUCUUUCAAUCCCUUGCUGACCUGAAUAACGUACGUUUCUCUGCAUACCGGACAGCCAUCAAAAUCCGAAGACUACAAAAAGCGCUAUGUUUGGAUCUCCUAGAGUUGAAUACAACCAAUGAAGUUUUCAAACAGCACAAGCUGAACCACAAUGAUCAGCUCCUCAGUGUUCCAGAUGUCAUCAACUGUCUGACAACAACCUACGACGGCCUUGAACAAAUGCAUAAGGACUUGGUCAAUGUCCCCCUCUGUGUGGAUAUGUGUCUCAACUGGCUGCUGAAUGUAUAUGACACGGGUCGCACUGGAAAAAUAAGAGUACAGAGUCUGAAGAUUGGAUUGAUGUCUCUUUCCAAAGGUCUCUUAGAAGAAAAAUACCGAUAUCUCUUUAAGGAAGUGGCGGGGCCGACAGAAAUGUGUGACCAGAGACAGCUGGGCCUGUUACUCCAUGAUGCCAUCCAGAUCCCUCGGCAGCUGGGGGAAGUAGCAGCUUUCGGAGGCAGUAAUAUUGAACCUAGUGUCCGCAGCUGCUUCCAACAGAAUAACAACAAGCCAGAGAUAAGCGUGAAAGAGUUCAUAGACUGGAUGCGUCUGGAACCACAGUCCAUGGUUUGGCUGCCAGUUUUACAUCGAGUGGCAGCAGCUGAGACUGCAAAACAUCAGGCCAAAUGCAACAUCUGUAAAGAAUGUCCAAUUGUUGGGUUCCGGAAGAAAGUCAUAGAGAAGACAACGUCUGGGGAAGAUGUACGAGACUUCACAAAGGUCCUCAAGAACAAGUUCAGGUCAAAGAAAUACUUUGCCAAACACCCUCGGCUUGGCUACCUACCAGUCCAGACAGUUCUUGAAGGUGACAACUUAGAGACUCCUAUCACUCUCAUCAGUAUGUGGCCAGAGCACGGCGACCCCUCUCAGUCUCCUCAGUUGUUUCAUGAUGAUACCCAUUCGCGAAUAGAGCAGUAUGCUACCCGACUGGCCCAGAUGGAAAGGACAAACGGGUCUUUCCUCACUGAUAGCAGCUCUACCACAGGAAGUGUGGAGGACGAGCAUGCCCUCAUCCAGCAAUACUGUCAGACACUCGGAGGAGAGUCCCCCGUGAGCCAGCCUCAGAGCCCUGCGCAGAUCCUGAAGUCGGUAGAAAGAGAAGAGCGGGGAGAACUGGAGCGGAUCAUUGCUGACUUGGAGGAAGAGCAAAGGAAUCUGCAAGUGGAGUACGAACAGCUAAAAGAGCAGCACCUUAAAAGGGGACUUCCUGUCGGUUCACCCCCAGACUCUAUUGUAUCUCCCCAUCUCACAUCUGAGGAUUCAGAGCUCAUAGCAGAAGCCAGGCUCCUCCGGCAGCACAAAGGUCGGCUGGAGGCGAGGAUGCAGAUUUUAGAAGAUCACAACAAGCAGCUGGAAUCGCAGCUCCACCGGCUUCGGCAGCUGCUGGAACAGCCUGAAUCCGACCCCCGAAUCAACGGUGUUUCCCCCUGGGCUUCACCUCAGCAUUCUGCACUGAGCUACUCGCUUGAUCCGGAUCCUGGCCCACAGUCCCAACAGGCAGCGGCGGAAGACCUGUUGGCACCACCUCAUGAAACCAGCACCGACCUCACUGAGGUCAUGGAGCAGAUCAACAGCACGUUCCCGUCUUGCUGUCCAAAUCUCCCCAGCAGGCCACAGGUAAGAGUUAAUGAGUUGAUUGACUCAAAUGUUGCUGAUCAUAACCUAGACUAA